AUCAACUUAUCUUAUCUGCAUCGUUAGUACGAUUAAAUUAGUCAAAGUUGUUGGCAAACCUGGACUCACCUUAGUCGCCUUGUCGUUAAAUCUUAAAUGUUAACUGUGAGGCAGCGGCUUGGCUAAUGGUUAUUUCGCCUGAUAUUGUGAUUUUUAUUUUGUGUUUGUGUUCAUGUGUUUACCGAGAAAGACUGUUGCGCGAAGCACGAUUCGCACGGUUCAACACUUUGAUGGCCAGUUAGAAUUGAGAAUUUAGAUCUAUGUGAACCCUUUUUUUGUCUAUGUUGUCUGUUAUUGAACUAAUAUUUUUUUUUUUGUAUGAGUAGUUAUGUAUGGUGUGUGCACUUUAUUGUUUGUUACAUCGUGUAAUAUUUAAUUUGUUGAUUACAAUAUGGACGUAGCUAGUUUAAUAAACUCUAUUUUAGCUGAUGAUGGCUACAAUGCUUUAUCUGAAGAUACAAAAAGCAAAUUUCAACAGUAUUUGCAUACUCCGCCUGUAAUACUUAAUGAAGCUGGAACAAAUACAUCAAAUGGUUAGUAAUUAAUAUGAUAGUACUUAUAUCUACACAAUUUAAAAAAAAAAAACUUAUGGUUUUUAUACAUUAGGUUCUAGAAACCAGUCAGAAAUUGAUUUUGAUAAGCUUAACAAUAGUACAAGUAUUCGAGAAGCUAAAUUUAUGGAAUUACAAAAAGAAAUUGAUUUAGUUAAUGAUCAAUUUAAAACUGCAUUGAAACAAAAACAUGAAUUAAUGUUACAUAAUGAAACUUUGUUAAAGAAUUUACAUGAAGCUGAAGUGAGGUAAGCUGUAAUUUACUAUGAAAAGAUUUAAUAAGUACGUUCUAUGUACCUAGUUAAAAUACCUAAAUAACUACUAGACAUUAUUUCAGUUCUCAUUAAAAUGUUUAUAAUAAUGAAUUUAUAUUAAUAACUGCAAAUUCUUUAAUUCUCAAAAUUAAAACUUUUAAAAACUUAUUUAAAGUUUGGUUUGACUAAAUGGUACAUUUUUGAUAAAGUAUAACUAUAGUUAUGUAUUCCUAUGAUUUAUAUUGGUUUAAAGUAUUGAGAUUUGUAAAUAAAGAUAAACCAAACAAAUUUCAAAGGAAGUUUUAUUUUUACCCAAAUGCAAAUAAUAUACAAAAUUUCAAGAGAGAACUCAACUAGAUUGUGCAUUUAAAUGAAUAUACUCUACUAUCUGGUCAUCAAAUUCUAUUACUCAAUCACUGGUGUUUAAAUACCUUAGCGAAAAGAUAUGAACUUUGGCUACCCAGUUGCAAUUGUGAAAUGAAGUAAAUUGUGUAGGAUUUAUUUAUGUACACUACUCAUUUUUAUAUUUUCGACUGAUUUUAUUGAUUUUUAUUAAAUAUUUGAUAUAAGUUGGUUAACUCUUUACAUAUUCAUAUAAUUAUCUUAUAAAAUUAUUAUUAUUAUUAUUUUUUUUUUGUGAACAUUGCUAGUCUUUGCAAUAGUUAUUAUUAAAGCCUGGAAGCUAACGACCUAACAAUCUUGAAAAAAUGCAUAAAAUACAUAAAAAUAUACUUAAAUGUUUAUUUUGUUUGAAAAAAAAAAAGUUACAAUGAUUAGCAUUUGAACACAUAUAGAAAUGCACACUCGUACUUCAAAGUCAAACACAAACUAAAUAAUGUAAAAACUGAAAACCCAAAUAAUAGCAAUAUGUACUUGCAAUAAGACAAUAUGUAAUUCGCUGACGUAACCUUACAAAUACAAGGAAGGCUAGAAGUAAUUAGUAUAAGCCAGCGCUGUGACCUACACUCUACAAUAUUGGUCGUUAUUUUUAUGUGUGUAGCUCUUUAUUUUUUAUACAUUUUAUGCCUACAUGCGAGUGCAUAUUAUGCUUUAAGUCGAGGCAGCCAAAGAUGUACCCUGUACAUUCUCAUUUCCUUGAUCCGUUUCAGGCAUGUGUGCUGACGUGACAUAAUCUACAAUUAUAGUUCAGUCCUUAAAACAAAACAAAAUGCAUUUAUAUCUAUAAAAGUAAAAUAAUGUACCAAAAUUGUUAAAAAAAAAAAAUCUAUCAAUCAAUAAAUACUGAAAAAUGGAAAAUUAAAUUUGUAUCAUUGAAUUUUGUAUGACGAGUCAAAUUUCUAUAAAGAGGAUUCGAAUGUAAGCAUUAUAAAAAAAAAAUACUCUUGCAUCAAUUUCUGGACCCUACUUAAUACAAUAAUACAAAAUCAUUCAAAUUCAUGAAAUUGUGUAGUGAAUACUUGAAUACUCUGAUUUAAAUUGAAUGAAAAACUCUGAAAAAAAUUAUUUGGACACAAUAUUAUUUUACAUAAUUAUUUUUGAUAAUACAGAAAAUUUGCUUUCCAUUUGAAAAUUAAUUUUUUUGUUUUAUUGUUACUUUCAAGUUUAAAUACACUUCAGACAGUAAAUCAUUAAGUUCAGUUUAUUUAAUUAGUACUUACACAUUUUUGUCUAAUAUUUUUGAUAUUUAUUAUCCCUUUUUAACUUUGAGUUAGGUAUUGAUGUAAAACUUAGUUACCUAUAUUGUAAUAUUUUCUUUCCAGGGAAAGAAUGGUUAAAAUGGAUGAUGGAAUUUUACAUUUAAAAAUUGAUACCUUAAAUGAGAGUUUAUUCAAGUGCACUAAUAAAUUAUCAAAUCUUCAGUCAAAGUAUCAUAAAGAAAUAAGUGAAUUGAAACCAGAUUUGGAUGAAAAAGAAGCUGAAGUAAAUUAUUAACUUAAUUAUUAAUAUAAAAUUUGUGAUAAAAUAUGGCAGAUUACAUUGUAGAUCUCAGGUUGUUUAUGACACUAUAGUGUAGAUCAAGGGCAGGCAAAUUAUUAUUUUACUAUAAACACAUGUACACAAAACUAUGUAUUUUUUUUUUUAUGACUGAACAACUUUUAUACUUGCCCUGAAGUAUGGACUAUAAAACCUUUUCUGAAAGGUAAUUUUUUCAUUGGUUUAUUAGAUCAUUUUUUGAUUUUCCUAGGGGUUUUUCGAAGUAAUCUGGAAAAACCUGUUACUUUUUAUAUUGUGUUUUUAUUAAAUAAACACAAUUUUUCUACCGUAAAUAUUACUCCAAUAAAAAACUAUUGGUUUUUUUGUUAAAUUUUUAAUCAAGUUUUGAUUUCUUUGUAAUUUUUUUAAUAAUUGAGCAAAAUAAAAAAAAAAAAUAUAGGAAGUACGGAAAAAUGUACAAAAAUAAUUAUAUUAUUUUCAAUUUUUUUUUAAAUUUAAUUUAUCAUAAUCAAGCAAUUUUUACAAAAACUUAUAUUUGCCUUUUCUAGAUGUGGUAAAAUUAUCAAAAAAUUUGAUCUAUUUUUGAGCUAAUUAGAGACAUUUAAAUUUUGCGAGUUUUGUACGUAAUUUUUAUCUGGUAGGUACUCUAUGGAUAAAAUUGUUAGAUUAAACAAAAAUGUUGAAAAUUCAACUAGAGAUUCCUUAAAUAUCGUACUUAGUGGCCAAAAAAAAAUUGCUUUAUGUAGUACUUUUUUUUAUAAAAAAACUUAACUAUCAAUUUUUUAAGAAAAUUAUAAAUAUUAUGGUCUUUUAAAACACGUGUAACUGAACUGCGUUCCGAAUCAUUUUUCGUCAUCAAUAAUUUAUUGUUGGUUACAGGUAUAAAUAAAUUACUAUGUAUCCCAUCUUCCACAAUACCCAUGACCCAUCCACAACAGUGGGUGUACUCCUAGUAUCAGCUCUUUCUUUUCCUUUAUUUAAUUUCAAUUUGAUUUUAAACGUAGGUUCUCAUUUAAAAAACCAAAGUUAGUAUCACCACAGGAUACUCCUUAAAUGUGGAGAAAAAUCUAAGUAGGUAUUUGAUAAUAUCGGCUUUAACUACAUAUAAAAAUUCCAAAAAUCAGAAUUUGUGAAUAUACACAAAACCAAAAAAAUGGGGACUUAUUGAAUGUACUACCCUGUAUUAUGAAUAAUAAAACAAUUUUAGUAUGGAUAAUUUAUGAUUUCCCUUUGGAAAAAUGGAGAAGUCAAGAAAUUUUCAAAUUUAAAAAGAAUGGAAAUUCUGGUUUUUUUUAUUAGAGUAUGGUUUUAGCCAACAAAAGUACAAAGCGCAAUAAAUUUAAAAUCUUUAAUUUAUUUUAAUUUGCAAGACUUAUAUGAAGUUAUGAAAUUACAUUUUUAGAUCUUAAUAGUUUUUUUUUUUUAGUUUACAUUAUUAAUAAGAUUGUAUUUUUAAUGCAUAAGAUUAUAAUUUUGAGAAUAAUGUGAUUUGAGUAAUAUUUCUAAUUCAAAAUGUUGAGAGAGCUAAUUCAAUAUAAUAAUAUAAAGUUUGAGAACUAUAUUUUACACCAGUAAUCAAUUUAUCAAUAAGCCUGUACCUAAUUUUAAUUUUAAAUUUAUAUUUUUAAGAUUUUAAUGUUGAAGAAUGAUGUAAAUUUGUUACAAAUAAAAUUAGAAAAUCAAGAAGGCACUAUAAAUGUAAUGGAACGCACAAUUAAAGAUUUAAACCUUGAACAUGCAAAUGAAAUUGAACAAUUUAAAGAAGAAUUAACAAAUAAUCAAAGUUUAAUGAACCAUUAUAAAGGUACUACUAUUUCUUAAAUUAAUAAUAAGAGAUAUUUUGAAUUAAUAUUACAUUUAUUGCAGAUUGUUUUGAAACGGAAGUACUUCAGAUCAAUAAAUUAACAAACGAGAUAAUAGAGAAUAAAGACUAUGUUUGCUCUUUAACAUCUUCUUUAAAUAGUGCUGAAAACAAAUACUCACAACUAUUAGAUGAGUAUAAAAAUUAUAAAAUUGAUAAGGAGAAUGCAUUAUUCGUAUUAACAAACAAGUUGAAUGCUUCUGAAGAAGUAGUUAAACAGUUACUUCCAAGUAAUUCUAUUUAAAUAUACAUAAAAACUGCUUGAAUUAAAUUCUACCUAAGUUAAAAGCUAGUAAAUACGGGGCAGUUUGUCUCAGUGAUUUCUGUCAUUUAUAACUGCUCAAAAGAAAUACCCCCACAUACUUAAAUAAAAGAGUUAAUUUGCAUUUAAUUUUUAAAGCUAUUUUAAUUUCAAUUUUUAAAGAAAAUAUUUUUCUUUGCUAUUUUAUUUUAAAAUUAGAUUUAUUCAUGAAUAAUUAUACUCUGAUAUUAUUAUUUUAUAUUAUGUUUUAGUACAUGGAGACACAUCAAAUUAUCUUAUUCAUAAAGGUACAACAUUUACUGAUAUUUAUGCUAUUUAUAAAGAGACAUGUUUAAAUUUACAAUCUGUAACUGAAGAACUUGAAAAGAGCAAGGAUGAUUUUAGAAUUCUGGAACAAGUAAAAUCUUAAUUAUUUUAUUUAAUAUUCUAAUUUGAUUCAAUGGAUUUAUUGAUAUUAAAUUUGCUAAUUUUACAUUAUGUAUGUAUUUAAAAAAUAUUGAUAUAAAUAUCAAAAUAGUUUAUGCAACUUAACAUUGUUGUUUUAUUUUAAAAUAAGCACACAUAAUAGGCUUUUAUUAUUAUGAUAAUUACAUAUUACAUAAUUUCAGAUAGUUUACAUAGACAUUUGAGAAAUAAAUAUAAUAAAAAUAAAUAAGUUUAUGAUUAGUUAAUAGCUAAUAGGAGAAUUGAGUAGCUAAAUUUUAAGUUUUGAUAAAAAUGGUAUUAAGUUCACAAGAACUAUGAUUACAAAUGCUAUUCAAAAUUUUACAUUUGCAUGAUUAAUUCAGAUGUACUUUAUGGAGUUUUUCAAUACCUCCAUCAUAUUUGGUUCUAAAGCAUGUGUCUACAAUGUAGAGCUAUUUGUACUCACCAUAAUACGGUGACUAAUAUACUCUAUUUGAAUAGGUUAUAACCAUUUGCUCCGCUCAUUCCGAACUCUAUUAAGGGUAGUGUCCUAAAUCCUCUUGGUAGCUCAAAGCUGGUGACUUUUAUUUAUGGAUUUUUUAUCAGAAAAUAGUUCCGUACCCUGAUGAUUUCAGUCAUUUUUCCAGGUAUCACUGGCAUAACAAAAUGUUUAGUAAACCAUUUUAGCCUGUGCCACUAGAUGCAUAUAUGAACUUCCUAGCAGUUUUGUGUACAUUAGGCAGAAUAGGCGCAAAUACUGAUCCUCGGAAGAGGUUAAUUUUUAAAUACUUUUAUUAAAUUUCUUUUAUUGAACAUUACAUUAAAUUUCUUUGAAAUAAAUUUACAUUUUACACUUAAUUAUUUUGGAACGUUUGAAUAAUAAACCUUUUAUCCAAAUAGUAUCAUAAGCUGUGGUAAUACUGAUCCUGAUUUUUCCUUGCUUUGAAAACCAUUUUUGACAUAAGUGGUCUAAUAAUUGGUCACAGUAUCUUCUAUUUUUCUUGAAUUCAGCUUGUUCAACAGACAUCUUUUCUAUUAUUGGCUCAAACUAGGCAAGUAAUAAAAGCCUUUCAAAGACUGUAGGCUAUUGGUAGUAGAGAGUUAGGUCUAUAAUAACUAUGUGGGUCACCAACUGGUGGGUUUAGUUUCAAAAGUGUAAUUCUGAAAUUGGUUUUGGUGUAAAAUGUAUUAAACAAAAUGAAAUUCUAGAAGUUCUUGAACCAUGGGACAUUUUGAAAACCCGCCAACUCUUAUUCCUUAUUAUACAAUAAAUAUAAACAUAUAAAUAUGUAUUGCAUUAUUUGUAUAGCAUGUUAUGGAUGCUACACCUAACAUUAAUAAAUUGGAAAUGGAAUUGAUGGAAUCAAAUGAAAAAGUAAAAACAUUGUGUGAAAAUAAUUCAAAAUUAGAAUUAUUACUGACGGAUAUUAAUAAAAAAUUAGAAUUCUCUACUACAAAAUGUGAUCAAUUAUUUAAAGAGAAUGCCAAAUUGAGUGACAUCGAAGUUGAUUUGAGUAGACAAGUAAUUUUUAAUAUUUUAUAUAAUGUAUGUAUAUUUAUAUUGUAUUUAAUAUUUCUUAGAUAUGUUUCUUAUUGCGAAAUAUUGAAUGUAAUAAACGAUUUGAAAAUCGGAAUAGUGGAAUAGAUGCAAGUCCCCAAUCGGUAUUUAUUUAUUCAAAUUAAUUAUACAUAUAGAUUUAUUUAAUUAAACAAUAUUUUUUUAUAGAUUAUUUCAAACAACUAUGUAACAUUUGAAAACAUUCAAGGUUUGCAAAAACAAAACAAGACAUUAUUAGAAAUUGUACGUUCUUUAUCUAAAGCAAAUGAUAAACAAGAAAUAGAAUUAAUCAGCGAUUUAAAGGUAUUUUGAUACAAUUCUAAUUUUAUUAGUGGUGUUUAAUUAAAUACAGGUGAUUCACUAAGCAUGCUCACCCCGUUUUUUUGGUUAAAUUUUGGAUAUAUUCAAAUUUUAAUUGUGGAUUAAAUUGAUAUUUUAGAAUCCUUAGAUUUUUUACAAUGUUUUAUGGACCCGUUGACGAGAUAUUUCACUUUUAAGUUUUGGUAGGAGGAAAGUAAUGGAACACUAAUAAAAUGUGUGCUAUGCCUCUACAUGGAUGAUAUUCCACUACUCUUCCCCUACCUAAAUUUUAAAGUGGAAUAUCUCGUCGUUAACGGGUUGACGAAAAUCAACAAUUUUGCCACCAAAAUGAAUUAAAAGUAAUAACCCGUCUAUUUAUAAAAUUUUUAAUAUAAGUUCUCAUUUGAAUUACCAAAGUUGGUAGCACCACAGAAUACUACUUAAAUAUUAUGAAAAAUCUAAGUAUUCUAGAAUAUUAGCUCUAUAACCUCAAAAUUCCAAAAAUCAGAAUUUGAAUGUAUGCAAAAUUUAACCUAAGAUAUGAGGUGAGCACGCUAAGAGUGAAUCACUCUGUUUACAAAUAUAUGACAAAUUUAAUAGUAGUUAAUGAUACUUCAAAAUAUAUUAAAUGCAAGUGCUUUACUUUAAUAUCAUUUAUAUUAAUUUAAAAUUAAUUUUUUAAUAAUAAUAUAUGCAAUGUAUUAACAUAUUUAAUAAAUAUUGUUUAACUCUAAUAUGUAUGUGUACAAGGGAUAUGCAGGUGUAUAGUUAGUGACUGCAUAUAAAAAGGGCCUUUAUGUUUAUCCUUUUAUAUCACCAAAGGGACUUUAUUUAUAAAAAUAUAUGCAAACAGAUCUUGGUUUUCUUAUGUACACAAAUUAACCUAAAGAAAUCAAAUUGAAUACGUUAUAUAGAUGCAUUUAGAAGCCUUGAAUAUACAAAGAGAAGACUUUAACUUUAACUUUAAUUUAAAAUAAUUUAUCAAAAGCACUAAAAAAUAAAUAAAUCUAAAUGAUAUAAAUACCAGAAAAUUGUUAAAAAUAUAUAUUUGAAUUUUUUAUUUACAUUUGCUACCAACAAGGUAAUAAAAUUGAUUCAAAUUACAAUAGGUUUGUUCACUUAAUCAUGAUAAAACUAUAUAUGCAUUUUAAAUUAUAUUUCUGUGGGAGGAAUUUGGGCUUCCUGAGCCUUUAUUAUUGUAUAUUCAGGAACCCAAUUUUUUUAAAAUUAUUUUGCAAGAGUUUUAUAUGAAGGCUGCAUGUCUAUCCUUAUAAGUUAUAGUUAGGGAAUGGAUUUUAUUGUAAAUACAUAUUUUUAUUAGAAUGAGAUUUUUAAUCUGAUAAAAAUUGUGCAAAUUUAGAUCAUUCUACUUGUAAUAAACUCAAUUUUACUUUACAUAGUUUUACAUAUUUCAGUAUAAUUACAUGUAUAUUUAACUGAUUUUAUAAUAAUUAAUUAAAUUUGAACAGUAUUUCUUAAAAAUAUCUUUAAUAAUAUUAUUAAGUAUGAGUAAUUGAUAUUAGAAUUGAUAACUAGAACUAGUUCUGUAUGUAUUGUAUACACUGUUGUGGAUAUAGGUGAUGCUGAAUGAUAAAUAUUAAAUAAAGGAGAGAGAAGUACUUGACAAUCGUUUUUUUUCGUAGUGUUUAUAAUCUUAUUUAGUCUUGUGUAUGUGUAGUUCCCCAUUUUUAAAAUUCUUUUGUGCUGGGAAACUUAGUAUAUACAAAUUGGCGUUUUUCAAUGACUCUACAUAUAUCUACAAUGGUGCCGAUAUUCUAAAAAUGUAGUCAGAUGAAUUUCAAGAGGCCCCAAUAAUUAAACACAUACACAUAAAUUAUUUGGGAACAGUUUAAUAAAACAAAUAAAAUAUGGAUGUAUUUGGUAUGGAGAUAUACUUUUCAAAUGUAUAAACUAAAGUAAAAAUAUUAUAUGAUCACUUUUUACAAUUGUUCAGAUAUUGCAAGGGUAUUUUAUUGCUUUUAACAAUAUAAAUUCCACAAAUCUCAUCUUUCUAUAAUGAUUUUUUUAUUUUAUUUUAAUUUAUAUUCAAUAUAUUUUACUAUUCUGCUUAAUAAAGUAUGUAUUUUUUUUUUUUUUUUAAAUUUGAACACUAAAUCUUAAUUCCAUAUUUUGUUAUUUAUGUUUUAGGAAAAAAUAAAAAUCUUAGAAGAAAACUUGGAAGAACAGACCAACUUAGUUGCCCAGCAAAAGGUUAGUUGAAUAUACAAAACAAAUUUUGUAUUUAUUAAUUUCUACUGAAAUUCACUUAUAAUUGCGUUUUUUUUAUAUUAUAAUUUAGAAAAGAUUUUGAAAUAUGAAUUCCUCUAUUUAAUUGCCAAAUAAAAAAAUGUAUAUACAAUUAUUAAUUAAUUUAGGUAUUUUAGUUUCUGAGUGGAGCAAUAAGCUUUUUUUUCAUCUGUUUAUCAACUUUUGUACUAGAAGACUUGCUCAGAUUUCUAUAUGUAUAUGUGUAACUCUUUUUCUGAAAGGAAAUUGACGUGGGAAGAUUCUUUAGGGAGGCCAUUUUUUAAUUUGCUCAAUAGUUUUCCCAGCAAAUGUGAAAAACCGUGAUAAAACAGGAGAAAACCGAGAAAAUCAGUACGAUAUUAAACUAAUAUUAUUAAAAAAUAUGUAUAGAGCUUAUUUAAUUAUUUUACUUUAAUAUAUAUUGUUGACAAAGCAUUACUAUCAACUGAACUUCGUUCAGAAUAUUUUAAUUUGUAUGCAUAUUUUGUUCGUAUUUUUAAUAUUUAAUUUAACUAAUAGUUUUUAACCAAAUUACUAUUAUCAAUAUACUCUAGGAGAAUAUGAGUAUUUUGGCGAUUCCAUAAUAUUAUAUUACAUACAAAUUAAUUACAAUAUAUACAAGUAACUCAAUUUAUAUAUUUGAGUCUAUUUUUCAAUGCAAUUUUUGAUUUUAUUUAUGCUGGUAUAAGCAGCCCUUAAAUAUAAAUGAAUCUUAAGUGUUAAAAUUAGAUUUUAAAUAAUUCUUAAAGUAUUUUAUGUUUAUGAGUUUAAAGUAUAGUUUUAAUAAAUCUAUUACCAUUAGAAGUUAUUUCAUUUUAAAUGUAAACUUUAAAUAUGAUCUGAUUGGUAAAAAAAAACAUUUAUAUAAUAUGAAUAUCAAAAAUACAUCUUAUAUUAAAAGUACUAAGAAAAACAGAUUACAACUUGUCAUUAGUCUUUCAAAUUACCUAUGUAAUAAUAAUCAAUUUAAAGCAUAAAUAAAAUGAACAACAUCAAAAUGAAAUAAUUAACAGCAUUUUAUUUAAAUCAUUAACAGCUUUUUAUUUGUUUAAUAUGUAUUAACUAUAUUCAUGUGAUUAUGUUAUGCAAAAUGCAAAUACUAAACACUUUAAAUUGGGCUUAAUUGUAAUAAAUAAAUAAAUUUGUUUAAAGAAGGAAAAUUAAUUAUAAAUGGUAGUGUUCCUAGCUACCGUAUUCGUUUGAAUUAACUUUUUUUUGUUUGGGAGUUCAGAGAAUAUUCUAAGUGACACAUGACUAAUAAUGAAUACUCACAUUUUAUUAUUCUUCAAUAUGGUACUUAUAUAUAGAAGAGCUUUCAGAAAUUAUAAAACUUAAAUAAAGUAAUGGGUUCAUCCAUUUUAGUACAGAGUUUGCUUAAAGGUAUAGUUUGGUUGUAUGUGUCAAAAAGUGUUAAAAUUCUUAAUUCUUUAAAAUGUGCAAAUAAAUGGCAUAACAAAUCAAUAAAUAAUAUGUAUGGCUCAAACUGUUGAUGUGUUUCAAUGCAUGAUUAAGACAUGUUGAACAGCUCAUAGUCAAAUGCUUUAGUAAAAACUGUGACAUUUUUUUAUGUAUUUUAAUAUAUUUUUAUAUACAAAGUUUAUGAAAACAUGGCUGUGAAAUGGAACUAAAAACUUUCCCUGAUUUAUUUUUAUCUUUUCCAUUUUCCACAGAGAUCAGAAAUUGUAUUUGUUUCAUGUCAAUGUUUACCUUUAGUUUUAGGUGUGCCUAUAUUAGUUUAAUAUAUAUGUUUUAUUAUAAAAAUAUUAAAGAUAUAUUCUUAGUGCUAGUUUUUGAAGGACUCUUAUCAAUUUCCAUAAAUUUAUAUGUUUAGGAACAGUUGUCUAAAUUACAAUCUUUGGAUGUAAAGUCUACAUUAUUCGAGUCUAAUGAUGCUAAACAAAAAAGUCCUGUAUGUAAAUUUAAAUUAUUUUAAAAAUUGUUCAAUAAAAAUGUAAACAUGAUUUUUAUAUUCUAUAUUUGAUUAGAUUCAAAUAUCAGUAAAUGAAGAAGAAGGUGAAGAAGAAGAAGAAAAAGAAGAAAAUAUAAAUUAUUCUAAAUGCUCUGAAGAAAACAUUAAAUUUAUCAAACAUCAACUUACUAAUGCUAAUAUUACAAUUAAUCAACUUCAACAGAAACUUGAAUCAAAUAAUGUUGCUCGUACGCAAUUGGAUAAACAUGUACAAGGAUUAAAUAAUCAAAUUAAUGAAUUAUUAAAAAAAGUAAAAACCUCUAAUAUUAAACAUUCUCAAAAUGUUGAGGAAGUAGCUACUUUACAAAGUACAAUAUCAUCAUUGGAACAUGUAAAUUAUAAUUAUUAUACUAUACAUAUGUUAUAAUUGAUAAUACAUUUAUAUUUGUACAUUUUAGAAAAAUCAUGAAGUGGUGAUUGAAUUAGAUAAAAUUAAAAAUCAAUAUAAUAAUUUAAAAAAAGAUAAUGAUAGUUUAUAUAUUACAAACAUGAAUUAUUCUCGUGAAUUAAGACAAAAAACUGAAUUACAAAAAGAAUUUGAGAAAACAUUGGCUUCUCAGUUAGAUUCACUAAUUAUAAAUUGGAAUUUAACAUUAGCAUAUAUUGCCGAGACAGAUUAUGAUAAAGUUAAAUUCAAAGAAGAAUAUAAAAAGCUCACAAAAACACUGAAGGUAAUAUAGUUAGUUAAAAGUUUUAAAUUUAUACAGGGUGAUUUUUUUAUUAUGAACCAGCUCUGUUGAUUUUAUUUGUUUUUCUAAUCAUUAUGAAUCAUUUAAUUUUCACCCCUACUCUAUACACCUUGAAUAAGUUCAUACUUUUGAUUUUAAAAAAGGACCCUCCCUUUUUUAAACACAGAUUUCAAUUGAGAAUAUUUUUCUAGAAAUUUUAAUAUCCAUAACACUAAUAUCAGAUUUACCAUUUAAGAGUUAUAAAAGUUUAAAUUUUAGACCAGAGGAGUAGGGAUGGGUAAUAAAUUGCCAAAGCUUAAACUAUACCAUAAUGAUUAGAAAAAAUAAAAAUCAAAUUCAUCUAAAAUCCUCUGAGUUAAUUGCUGGUUUAUAAUAAAAAAAUAACUUUGUAUUGUCAUUAAAUUUUAUACUUUUUUUGUAUAAUUUAAAAAUUUUAAGGAUACGCGAGAUAACUUGCUUUUAAAAUUAGAAGCAAUAGAAGAUUUAAGUACUUAUAAGGAAAUAUCUCGAUCUAGAACAAAUUCACUGAGUUUAUGUUCUGAUGAAAGAUCAAACUUCCAAAGUGUGGUCAGUAAACUUGAGCAUGAAGUUAAAAAUCUGAAAUCAAAACUUAAUGAAAGUGGUAAUAAUUUUUAAUUUAUAUUAUGUAAUACUUAUUCUAUUUAAUGUAUCUUGCUUUUUAUUCAAUAAAAAUGAUAUAAAUAUUAUAAAUAUUUUUGUUUAAAAUAAAAUAUUUUUUUUAAUCUUAAAGAUCAAUUGAAAUAUCAGUUAAAAUCAGAAUUAAAUGUCACAAAACAACUUUACAAAUCUUUAGAGGAGAAUUUGAAAAAAAUGAGUGAAUAUUCUUCACAAUUGGAAAAUGAACGAGAAAUCAAAAAAAAUGAAUAUUCAGAAAAAGAUCAGAAAUUGAUAAAUGUGUAAGUUUUUAUUUAUAUUAUAUAAUGUAUAUACAUAGUAAUAAUCUAAGCUGAACUAAUCUAACCAUAUUCAACGUGCUAAACACUGUUCCCAUUGUCAUUGAUAAAAUACCAUCAUAGAAAUAUAUUAAGUGUUCUGUAUGAAAUUAAUUAUUUUGUUUUAUAGCAUGCAAGAAUUAAGUGAAUUUAACUCAUCUCAAAAAGAUAUUAUUAAUAAAUUACAAAAUCAAUUACUAGAAUAUGAGCAGAAUAAUUGUAAAAUUUUAAAAGAAUUAGAGAUUUCAACAGAGCACAAUAAUGAAUUAUUGAAAAAAAAUACAGAACAAAAUAAUAACAUAUCAAAACUAGAAGAAGAACUUAAAAAAUUAAUUAAUGAUAGAGACAAAACUGAAAAAGGAUUUAAUCAUAAAUUAACACAUUAUAAAAACAAAUUAGAAGUAAGAAACAGUAUAAUAAAAUGCAAUAAAAACUGUAUAGUCUAUUUAUUUAUUUAUUAUGUUAUUUAUUUUAAGAGAUUAGAAGCAUUAGAAUUAUUUAACAUAACCCAGUCUGCAGAAAUAGAUCAUUUGAAAAACCAAAAAGCUGCUAUGGAAAAAUCUAUUGAAGAAAUAAAAGAAAUACAUAAAACACAAUUAAAUAAGUUAAAUGAUGAAAUAAAUUGUUUAAAUGAGACAGUUAAACGUUGGCAAUUUGAAAACGAACUAUUGUCAGAACAGUAUAAGUCAAUAACUGAGUUAUCUAAUAUAGAACGUUUGGUAAUAAAAUAACAAAUACUUUUGUAAAGCAAUUUAAUACUAUUUUUAAUAAUUUACAGAAUAAUAGUAAAACAUCAAACAAAGAUGAUAGUCUAACCAAUAAUUUUGUUCAAACAAAUGGUUUUGAUAAACAAUUCACUAAAAUGGCCAAUUUGAUAAAUAUUUUAAAAGAAGAGAAAAAUACCGUUAUUUUAGAUUUGAACGAAGCAAUUACUGAAUGCAAUAAGUAAUAAUUAUAUUUGAUUGAUAAUUAUAACCUUUAAUAUAUACAUAUUUUUUCAGAUUGAAAUCUGAUUUACAAUAUAAAUCAAAGGUUGUUGAUGAUAUGGAAACUCAAAUGAAAGAACUGAGACAAUUACAUUCAUCUGGAUCAAUUAUGGAUAAUGACCAUUCAAAAAUUUUAGAAAAGGUAUGUAAAUACUGAAUAACACAGGCAAUACAGUAGAGCAUCAUUUUUGUGGCGGCAUAACAAUGCAUUACUAUUCUCCCCUGAUCCAAAUUUUAAAGUGGAAUAUCUUGUCAACAAAUUAACGGAAAAUUUUAACACCAAAUUUAUCUUAAUUCAUACUCCCGACUACUUAUAGGUCGCCAUUCAAAAAAGGUUUUACCCCUAAAAAAAAAAAAAUGGUGACAAAAAAUAAAACAAAUUUAAAAUUGUAGAACUGCCUUGUUUCCUAAAUGUUCAAUAAAUCAAUUUCUAAAAAAAGUUAAUAUUUUCUGAGAUAAUGAGUGACUAACUAUAGAUUGAUCACUCUGUAUAUGGAUAUAUUUUUAAAAUAAGACCAAAAUACUCAUCAGCUAGAUCAGUAUUUUAAAAGCUGUUUGUGUCAAUAUUUAAUUUUAAUAUGUAUGAAGGUUAAAUGGUUAACUCUUCAAAAUUAAUUUUGAAUUUGUUUUUAUAUAAAUAUAAUUUCAGAUAGAAGUGUGCAAUCAAAUAGUAAAAAAAAAUAAGAUAUUAGAAGAAGAAAAAACAUUGUUAUCUGAUCAACUAAAAGCAUUAAAAGAAUUAGAUGAGAAAAAAACUGCAGAGAUAACUGCUGUUAAGGAUGAUAUGUCAGGCAUGCAAAGUUUAAUUGAUCAGAAAUCAGCAGAAGUAUGAUUUUAUAUAUUUAUCUUAUUAGUUAGGUAUUAUUAUUUAUUAAGGGUUAACCAAUUGGCUACUGAAUUUGCAUUUGUCUCAGUUAAAGUCAUAUUCAAUUUUAGUAGGAUAAGAACAAAUUGAUAUUUCAGUUAGCUGGGUCUAGAAUUUCAAAGUGCAGUGUUUAGAUUAAUAAUUAUUAAUUUGAUAUAAAUUAUUAAUAUAUAUUUACAUAAAGUAUAUCAAAAGAAUAAAAUAAAAAAAUUGAUCUUUGGGUCAAAUAUCAAAGUAAACAAAAUGUUUAUUAUUUGUUUUUAAUAUAAAUAAUUAAAAAACUAUUAGCUAAGUUUUUUAAUCUAGUAUAUAUUUGGUUGCAAAGAAGAAGAGCUUAAGUUUAUUAGUUGCAUUUUUUUUAUAAUUUCCGUUAUUUUUUGGCAAUUUUUUUUAUAGAAAUGACUUGGGCUGUUUUUCUUUAGAAACCAAACAUGGUUUUAACAAACAAUACAAAUAAUUAUAGUACAUUACACUAGUUUAUAACAAUUAAAAAUGAUGAUACUUUAUUUUUAAAUUAUUACUUAGAUUGUAUCUUUACAAAAGAACAUAGCCAGGUGGAAAGAACGAUCAAAUGUUUCACAUUCUGAUGCAGAGUACAAACAACUUUUAAAUACAUUAGAAAGAGAAAAAGGGAAAAUGACGACUGCUCUUGACCAAUUAAAAUCUAUGAAGUCUGACAAGUCAUGUCUUGAAGAGUUGGUAAGAUAUUAAAAAAUAUUUUUAUAAGAUUUGUAUUUAUUUAAUGUACUAUUUAUAGAGUUUUAUUUGUUUUAUUAGUAUAGUAUUUAUAUUUUAUUUUUAUUUUUUCUGACAAUUGUCAAGUUUUUACCAUAAGUCUUGCUCCAAUCAUCAAUAUCAAGAAUGGUUUCUGGUUGCAUAUUUUGUUUAGUUGUGUACUUGUUGAUUUUCGUUGUAAUGUUCUUAGUAAUGCGAACAAAAUCUAGAAUAUUUAUGGAAUAAUGAUUUAUCUUAAUUUCAAUUUUGUUUUUUUUUUUAAUAUAAUUUAAUAAUUAUAAAUCAAUACCAAAAUACUCUUUCACUGAAUACAUAGUUUUACAUUUUCUAAAUAUGAUACGAUUUUUUUAAAUACUUUUGGAGUUAUUUGUGUUUUUGAAUAUUAUGUGAACACAUAUUUUAUUCAUUUAUUUUACAACGAUUGUAACUCAAAUUUAAGAUGAAAUUUAUUUAAAACAUUAACAAUUUUAACCUGUAUUGUUAAAAUGUAUCCAAUUUUUAAUUUAAAUCAAAGCAUGGUAUGUUUUAAUAUCAUUUACUGCUCGGAUUUGUGUUUCCAUACCAAUAUAACUAAAUUACCCUAUACAUUCUUCUUUCUCAAUUGUUCACUUACAACAGUGACCUACUUAUUAAUAUUAUCCUGUACUAGGAACACAACAACGUUCAAAAUACGUUAAAUGGACUGAUAUUUUUUUAUUAUUAAUAUUAUUAAUUCUUUUUUUUGUAAAUAUUUAGUUAAAGAAAUUAGAAACUACUCAUUCAGAAGAAAUAAAUGUUGCAAAACAAGAAAUAAUUAAAUUAAAGGCUAGAGUUGCCUCCAAUAAUAAGACAAUGGAAUCGUUCAAAAAUUCAAUGAGAACUUAUAGACAGAAAAUGGCAGAUGUUGCAUUAGAAAUAAAUAAAGUAAUUAUUUUAAAGUAGUGGUAGAAACUCCCUCUAAAUACUGUAUUAUAAUAUGCUUUUUUUGUAUUGUGAUAAAUUAAUUACAAAUUUUCACUGUAGCAUAUGAUUUUGUCCCAUAUCUCAAAUUGAGGUCUGAAUUCACUACUGAUUUAAAGUUUUAUACAUACUAAUAAUAAUUAUUUAUCAUAGCAUUUUUUUUUUUUUAGAUCAAAAUAUUGGCAAGACGCUAUAAACAUCAAAGUGAAGAGUUAACUAAUACACUUAAUACAGAAAGAAGUUUAUGGCAGACUAAAUUUGAUGAAUUACAACAAGGGGGUAGUAAAAUAGUUAUUGAUCUUGACGAACGUAAAAAACUAAUAGAACAUGGAAAACAAGAGCAAAAGGUUGAGAGUGAAUCUCAUGUAAAUGAAGUCAAGGCUAAAGUUAGUGUUUUUUAUUUAAUAAUAUAAAGCAAAUUAUUUUUUUGAGGGGGUUUGUUAUGGCCUCAUACACCAAACAUUCAAAUUUGGAUUUGGACAAAAAUCCAUUCUCUUUUUAUACAAUUUUCCCAGUGGCCUUUUCCCUUUUAAGUUCUACCUUUAUCAUACUUGUUUUCUCCAUACAUAACCUGUCCAUUCCAGUUUUUUAUCCUAAUUUGGCUUGCUAUGUCCGGUCUACUAAAGAUUUUUGUUUUCUUCACCACUCAGCUAUUUGUGGGUAGAUUUAAGUUUGCCAUAUUAUCAUAUCUUAACCUAAAUAAGUGACCUAACAUUUAAAAUUCCUCUAAAUUAUUUCAUAUUAUCUCACUUUGCAUAUCCUUUGUUUGGUUGUCCAUUGUUUCUAAUUAUUUAAAUUGUGUAACUUUUAGAUUUUGUGAGUAGCAAGAAAUGUAUUGGUUUUACUUAUUUAUGUACAUUUUCUGUCUGUGAAUAAGUUUUCUACCAGAAAUUUUACCCCCAAUCAUUAAAUUACAGGAGACCUUUUUCUAUUGAUUUUUGGAUUUAGUUGGUGCAGCAGGUAAAAUUUGUUUGAUUUCAUUUUUGGGGAGGAAAUAAGGUUAUGACAAUAAUAGUUUCAUUAUAUUUGAGUUUUUUAUGUUGUAAUUUGGUUAAACAUAAUCACGAUUGUUUGAACAUGUCAUGAGAAGAGAGGAACCAGAAGCAGUAAAAAUUGUAAUGAAAAUAAACGUAGGAUGAAAAGAGGGGGAGAGAAAGGCUAAAAAAGAGAUGGUUGAGUACUAUUGAGAAUGAUAAUGAGGAUGGCAGUAUAUGUGAGGUGAGAGAUCGGGUCAAGUUAGGAAAAGAGUUGCUGAUCCCAAAUAGUUGGGAUGAAUAAGAUGAUAUAAAAUUAUAAAACAUCAAAGUUAAAACCACACAUUUAAUUUUUAAAAAUUGAGUUGAAAGGGACCCAUUAUGUAUCUAAUAUGUCAGAGCCUAAUUGAUUCUUAAUACUUCAAUUCAUAAGAUCCCUUUUAAGGUUUUUUUAGUUUACCAUCUUCUCAUUUUCAAACUACCAAGUAUUUUGUUUUGUCUUUAUUAUUAUUGAAACUUACUUUUAGAUUCUAAGUGUAGCAAAGAAUGUAUUAGUUUAUUUAUUUAUAUUUUUAUACUGUGUACACAAAUUCUACCAGAAGAUUCUGAACAUUUUGUCCCAAAGUAUAGCACCUUUGUUGAAAGUUAAUUUUCCCUUUAGUGGUACUUUAGGUAGGUCAUUUUUUUGACUUUCUCAGAAGGUUUCCCAAUAAAUGGGAAAAAUCUCUGAAAUGUAAGUAUAAGUAAAAAAAUAUUAUUAAUUCAAAUUAGAAAUCAUAUUUGAUGUAUGUUGUGUUUGGUCAAAUUAUUGUAUUUUUUAAAUUGUUAAUGAAAAUAAAAAAAUUUAAAUUUUCUUAAUAGUUGGUUGAAGCUGAAGCUGGUUUGAGUGCUGCAAAAUCUGAAUUAGAAGUGAUAAAAGCUAAACGAGAAGAUAAAGAUACGCGUACUAAACAGAUUUUGCAACAAGCUAGAACUAAAAUUCAAAAUCUUUCAAAAGAAAUUGAAUCUAUUAAAAAGCAACGUGAUGGUUUAUUGAGUCAGAUAGAUGAAGCAGAGAAUAGUAAGAGCAUAAUUUAUUUCUUUAAUUUGCUUAAUUCCCAUUUAUUAGUACAAGUUCUAAAAAAAAUGAGUUUGACAACUUAUUUACCAUGUGUAUUUUAAUUCUUAUUACAAUAAUGAUAAAUUAAACCAAUAUUUUCAUUGCUAAAAGGUUUCACAAUUACCCUUGAUUAACCUCAUUGUAAUUGGCUUACCAAAAUGUUAUGUACAUAGCUUUUAAGAUAUUUUAAACAACUACAACAAAUUAAUAAGGAAUUACUAACAUUAUUAUUAUCAGUCAAUUAAUAUAGCUAUAUAUUUGUAAGGAUGAUUCCUGUAGUGAGGGUUUUGGUAAAAACAGUAUCUAUUUUUAUAAUUCAUUUAAAAUCUCAAAAAAUGCUAUUAUAAACAAUCGGCACAAUCUUAUCAAAUCGUGAAAAAUCAAACAUUAUACUUACAUAUUAUAUACUUGUUCAUAAUAUUUUAAAAUUAGAAUAUAAAAUACAAGUAUUAUGACGUGUUCAAAGCAUUUGUAAAUUAAAAAUGAAAAAAUGUCACAUAAAAAGCAAAGUAAAUGUUUUUUUUUACAAUUGGAUUUGUUAUAUGGUGGUUUGAACUCUUUGUUAAGAAAGCUAUGUUUUACAAUCAGCUAAAAAAUUACUUUCUUACAAAUUUAUAGCUCUAAUAAUUGUAGGGCUUGUAAUAAUAAAUUAAUUUUAACAAACAUUACAUUUUAUUUUUUUAUUAUAAUAUUCUAUUUGUAUACUAUUUGUUUUCUUAUGACCUAAUUUAAAACCUAAGAUAUUGGUUUGUUAUAAUUCAUGAGUAUUAAAAUUAAAAAUGUUUGAAUAAAUUUGUUUUAAUUACUUUUAGUUUACCAUUGAAAAAUAUGUUGGGCGUAACAACCGUAAUAAAUCCAUAGGGUCCAUAACUUUGAACUGCUUUUAUCUAAAGAUAAAAAAAAUUAACUAAAUUUACACAGUAUUAUUUAUCGUUAAGUAAAUAAUUAAAUAUGUUUGUUGUUAUAAUUUUAGCAUUGAUUGAUUAUAAGAAUAAAACAUUUAAUUAGCCCCAACAAUUUCAAAAAGUGGAUUUAUCUUUUUGUUGUUUCAAGCCCUUUAAUUACUUUAUAUAUGUGCUGUGCGGUUAUUUAUACGUUCAGCUAUUACAAAUUUCAGUUAAUCUAACUAGGUUGGAUUCUACAUGGUUCAGUCAAUCGAAAUUAUACUCUAUUCAUUUAUAUGUACUAAUUUUGUUUUUUAUAGAUAAAUUCGGUCUAUUAGAAGAAAAAAAAGCUACACUAGGAUAGCUUAAUUGAAUUUAAUGCUUUUGUUUUAAAAAUAGUCUAUUUAUAAAACACUUAGUAAACUACUAUUGUAAUAAAUAAUACUUUAGCUUAAAUUCCCUUGUUUGAUUUAAAUAUAGUUUAUGCAUUUUUGUAUUACUUAUUGAUAUUCAAACUACCGACAAAACUUAAAAUUGGUAUAAUGUUUUAUAUAAAUUUGAAACAUUGAGUUAUACAUUUUUAUUUUUAAACAUACCUAAUUUAAUUUACUUAAUUAUUAUUUAAUCAUAUUUAGGAAUACAAGAAUGUCAAGUUCAAAUUGCUCAUCUAGACCAAGAGAAUCAUAAGCUAGUAACAGAAAAGGAAAAGAUUGUAUUAGAAAAAACUCUCCUAUCUGAUGAUAUUAAAACAUUAAAUCAUAGAGUUUCAAUGCUUACAGCUUUAAUGAGACAGUUUUCUAAUCCACAGGUGCUUUAAAAAUGUCUUAAAAUAAUAGUUAAAAUAUAAAUAAGUUCAUGUUUUUUCUGGUAUAGGUGAAACCGUCUACAAGUACUGGCCCUGAAAAACUUGCUGUAGAUCCUCCUACAGCUAACAUUAAACCUUUAGGACCGGCAGUUAAUAAAUCACAACCAGUAUGCAAUAUUAUUAUAUUAUUUUCAAUUUUCUAUAAAUUAAAUUUAAAAAUACUGUGUUUGUGAAAUUUAUUUAUAGGUUCAUCAUUCUGUCACUGUUAACCCAUGGAGAUCUGCAGCUGCAGAAACACCAUUAGCUAGCAUUAAGCCAAUGACAAUGCAAACCAGAAGUGUGGUAGUAUUACCCACUAGUCAAACAUCAUCCACUUCCAGUCAAAGGUACAACUAAACAUACCAAUUAUUAUUUUUAGGGAUGCAAUAUUAUUUGCAUUAAAUACAUUUUAAAUUAAAAUGAGAACAAAAUAUAAAUAUAAUAUUUUAAUAAUUUAGUUUGAUGAGUGGAACAAGUAGCAGUACAACUAUUACUGUUCAUCCACAACAACCACAGUCUGUUGAUAUAAGUAGUAGUGGAGGUAAUGCUUUAGACUCAUCGGAAGCCAAUAGUACAGCACAAAGUCGUCAUUUGACUAGCAGUACUUUAGUUCAACAUGUUGAGGUAAAUUAUUUUCAACAUACAGUAGAACCUUGGUUAUCCAGAUUAAUUGAGACUGCACCUAGUUUGGAUACAAAUUGUAUUCAUUGUAUUAAUUGUAUUCAAACAUUAUAAUAAAGUCGGUAAACUGUCUGCGCAUAUACGAGCACUUCAAUGUGUUUUGACAUUUGGUAGGCUUAGAUAAAAAUAUCAAGUUUUGAUCAUCUACUAACGAUUCAUAUACAAACAUGCAUUUAUGUUUAUAUAUGUUUGUAUGUAUGUACUAAUAAUAAAUUGCAACGAUUAUAAAAUUGGUUGCUGGCCGAGGGUGUACAAGUGCUUCAAUGAGUUUUAACAUUCAGAUACGCUAAUUGUAGUUCGGAUAAUUAAGGCUCUACUGCAUAUAUAUAUUUUUAAAAAAAAAAAAAAAAAAACUACAUUUUAUUCAUAAAAUACUAUUUUUGUGUAAAAUUGAAUACCUUUAAAGAGCUGUGUCACAAAAUGUGUUUUUUCCCUCUCACAUUUAGUAUAGCAACAAAGACAUUCCAUUCUUCUAUGAUUGUGACUCUUUGGUUGAAUUCAGGGCAAUGUGAUGUAUUUUACAUUUUAUGAAGACUUUACUAUGAUUUUUUUUAAUACUUUCAUUUUUUAUCAAGAUACACGUGUUUUAAUUAAAUUAAAUUAACUUUAAUUUUAACCAUUAAUAACUCAUUAAAAAAAUAAUGUGUUGAAGUCAUUAAAUACUCUGCUUUAUAAAAUGUAUAAUAGAUAAAUUUGCCCUUAACUGUACCAGUGAGUCAUAAUUGUCAAAAUAUAGGGAAUGCCUUUAUUACUAUAUUACUUGCGAGACAGACAGAGAAAAAAACAAAUGUUGUGAUCUGGCAACUUAAUUAAAGAGUUAGUAAAAUAAUUAAAAACAAUGUUUAAUUUGAAAUAUUUAAGGGUUCUGAAUCUACUGCAACAGUUUCUGAUUCUAAUGAAACUACUACUGCUACUCCUCCAUCUAUUUUACCCCUACAACAGGUGAUAGGUAGUGCAGCAACUCCAAGUGUUACUGCUCCACAAACAAAUCCAGCUAUUAGCAUUGCUUUAGUUGUACCACAAGGAAGAGAACAAGUACAAACAACUGUGUCUCAACCAACCACAGUAUCUGUAUCAACAGUUUCUCCUUCACAAAGUCAAAUAGAUAGGUGAAAGAUAAUAUUUCACAAAUUUUUGUUGAAUAUAAAUUUUUAAUAGAUAAAAUGCAUUUUAGAUACAGUGUACAAAAUGAAAAUGGUCAGGCAAUGGAAAGUAGUAGUGGUAGUAGUAAUAUUGCAAGUUCUACAGCUCCUGGUCCUUCAACAGAAUCGGAACCAUCCAUUGUAACUGCCUGUACAAGUGGACCUAGCUGUUCCUCUCUAGAUACUACAACACACUCAUCAAACAAUAAUCAGAGAAAAAGAAAAGCUGAUCUUCUUGUGACUUCAUAUGUAAAUAAGCCUUAUUAUUAUAUAAAAUUGUAAUAUUCAGCUUUUUUUCAUAGUGUUAAGAACAUAUUUAUUUAUUUAAUACUUCAAGAAAAUUAUGUUAUGUUAAAAAAAAAAAAUAUUUUAAUUUAAUUUUUAGAUGAAAAGAACUAAAUCGUUUAUGCCUAGAGAAGAAAACCGUAGAGAAAUAGAAUAUGAAGCGCCAACAUCUUCUCAAAGAGAUUCAGAAGUUAGCAAUUCUUAUACUGGUCCAGAAAGUAACCCACAAGAUAAUAAAGUAUGUAUUGUUAUUUUUAAUUAUUGUAUUUUUACUGUUUAAAUGAUUUAAACUGAAUCCAUUCCAAUAAUUAAGUUCACUCUCUACAUUCAAAAAAAAAUGAAAUAUUAACUAGAUUUUUAUCAUGAUGGUGAACCAAAAUAAUCUAUUUUCAUUUUAUUGAGUGAUAAUAAUAAUUAAUAUAAUUCACAGAUCAUGAUAGUCUUUAUUUUUAAGUAUAAAAAUAAUUUAUGUUUUGUGUUAUAAAUAAAUAAAGCAUAAUCUAAUUUAAUUGCUUCCAAAUUAGAAUUUUUAAUAAUAUAAAUUUAAAAAUAAUCAAUCCUCAACCUAUGUUGAAAGUGUUUCAACUACAACAAGAUUUACGUUAUUAAUUAUUAUAUUCAAAUUCAAAAGAUUAUAAUUAAUAAAUAAUGUUUUCUGAUUUCAAAAACUUAAAAAUAAUUAAUGAUUUUUUUUUAUAUAAGAUUCCAUAGUUUUUGUUUUUAAGAUGAUAAUUCCCACCCAUUUCUAAUUAAAUUUUUUCAUAAAGAAAUUAUUGUAAACUUAAAUUUUUACAAUUUUUUUUUUCUCAAUAUAAAAUGUUAUACUAUCAUGUUGUACUAUUAGAGUAAUUUUACUAUUUUAUUAGUGAUUUUCUAAAAGUAAAAUUAAAUAUUUAUAGGAAGUUGAAGCAAGUACAGAUAUGGAAGUAACAAGUGAAGCAACCCAUGAAAAUAAUGAAGUAGACCUCACAACCCAAGAAUGUACCGCAGAUACUAAUAAUAUGAAUGAAAACAAUGAUAUCCAAAAUGAAGAGACAGAACAAAGUUUGUUUUCACUAUCUAACUGUAAAGAUAGUAGGUAUAUAAUUAUUAUUUUUGUUACGUAUUUUAUAGCAACGGGAGAAAAUACACCAGAACAUUCUUCAUCAAAUGCUGAAGCUACCGCUAUGGCUAGCAUUGAAGAAGAUGCGCCUGAACUUAUUCGUUUUCAAGAAUUUCAAAAUACACCUGUUUCUUCAGCGGUAAUAUAUACUUUAUAAUUUAUGAGAUAGUUUAAAUUUUGGUGAUCAAUUAUAAUUGUUUUUUUAUGUAUAUAAAUAUAUAUAGAGUUACGAAGAGACAAAGAGUAGUACUGAUAAUGUAUCAUCAGAUGCAGAAUCUAGACAAAAUGAAAGUGAUUCUAUGCCCGUUGAACCUCAAGCAGGUAAAUAUAUUUACUUAAUCAAUUUGUGUAUCAUUAGUUGUAUAUUUAAUAAAUAUAUGAAUGCGAAAAGAUAAUCUCAUUGAUCAUUAUAUUUUAAUACAAAAACUUAAGAAAAUAGGUUUUGCCAUCCCCUUAUUCCCAUGGCUAAAUUCAUUCUUAAUCCAAAGAUUGUAAUUAAUAAAAUAUAAAAAUUUUAUUUCCGAUCCAAUUUCAGUUGCACCCGGUGUCUCACAAGGAGACCACCUCUCACCGUUAUUAUUCAAUUUAUUCAGUAACAAUAUUAUAUUUUCAAUUAAACAUUCUAAUAUUCUUCUAUUAACUUAUGCUAAAAUUUUCAAGUAUAUUAGAAAUAUAUCAAAUGCUGAACUACUUUAAUAAGAUUUAACCAACUUUCAAAAUUGGUGCAUCUCAAAUGAUAUGUCCCUUAAUAUUAAUAAUUGUCAAUGCAUCACUUUUUAAAAAAAAAUUUUUUUUCCAAUGACUACAAGUUCUUUAACCAAAAUUUAUUUUAAAAUAAUAUGCUUCGUUUAUCUGUUUUAAAUGCAAUUUAUAUAGACCCCCUCACUUUGGAUGAUUCCAUUCUUAAUUUUUUAAAUUUAAUACUAUUAAAAGAUUUUAAAAAAAAAAAAUUAUAAAACUUUUUAUUCAAACUACUAAAUAAAAAAAUAUACGAAUACCUUUCUUCUAAAAAAUAUUGCUUUAAAAGUAAAAAUAAACAUAAAAUGCAUAAUAAAAAAUGAUUUUGUAUAAAACAUUAUCUCAAAUCUAUAUGUUGAGUACAUCUGUAAAUAUCUUGCUAUCUAUUGGGAAUUCUGUAAAUUUAAAUUUUUUUUACACUAUUAAUCAAACUUAAUAACACUUUUUAUUGUAUACUUAUUUUUAUUUGUAUUUUACCUUUUAUAUUUUUAUUGUUUUAAUAUAUUUUAGUAUCUAUGAUACUUAAUGUACCUAUUCUAUAUUGUCUUUAUAAUCUACACUAUUAUAUAAUUGUAUAUGUUUCAAUGUAAAUUGUACUGAUGUCUGUUCAAUAAAUAAAUAAAAUAAAUAGUCAGUGAAAUAUUUUAUGUUAGGAACCUCAAGUGAUACCAUGGACACAGUGGGUGUUUCUCAAUCAACAGAAAAUGCUGAAACUGACACCCUUGACUUAGGUAAAUAAUAAUAUUUUUUUAAAUUAUUUUAUUUAGUAUUGAAUUAAAAAUAUAUAUAUAUAUAUUUAAUUUUGUAACUGAAUAGACUAUUUUUGAUUGUUUAAACAAUUAAAAUAUAUACAAUGAAAUAAGAUAGUAUUAAAACAUAUUAUCAUUCAUAUUGUUAUGCACUUUUUUAAUUGUAAAAUAAUGUUUUAGAACAAGAAACUGUUGAAAUUUUAUCUUCAGAAAAUGAAGAUGAAGUCAUUGAAGUGAAAUCGACUCAUGGUAAUAAAAUUGUAGUGUAUACAGUAAUAAAAUUGAUUUAAUUUUUGUUUUUUUUUUUUUAGAUAUAGAAGAAUCUGAAAAUAAUGACAGCACUGAAAGUCCAGAAAUAAUUUCAGUUAGUUCUUCACCUGGUAAGGAUAAUGAAGCUAUCCGUGAGGAGUCUCCUGUAGCAGGCCCUAGUGGUGUGCCCAGUGAUUCAUCAGCAAACGAACGCAAGCCUAUUACUUGGGAUGAAUCACCAUAAACAUUUUUAAAAAUUAAUUAUCUUAGUAUAUUCUUAUAAAUAUUAUUUUAUUUUCUAAUACUUUUUCAAUAAAUUUUUUUGUUAUAAUUACACUUCAUAUUAAUGGCAAUAUAAACCAUUAAACAUAUUUUUUAAACAUUUAGAGUUAAAUAAAACUUUAAUUACGCUGUUUUAUCUAAUCUACUUAAAAUAUUAUAGUACAUUAAACACAAUUACAUAGUUAUUAUUGUUUUAAAUUAUUUAAUAUCAGUAAUUAAACAAAUAUAUAUUUGAAUUCAUGUGCUCGGAAUUCUGUUAGAUACAUUGUAAAAUUAAUUUUUGUAAAUUUUGUCUAUGAUAAGUCAACCCAUCCACGUAUCUCAAAGGGGUUGAAGUUAAUAAAAAGGAGAGUUUUUGAAUUUUGAAGAUAUAAAAAAGUAUCUAAAACUUUAUUAUGGUAAAAAAAUUAUCCUAUAAAAUAACUUUUACAUUUCUGUAAAACUUACUGUUAUAUGUGAAAAUCAAUUUAAAAGUUGAUAGAUUUGAAAUUUUACAUAAUCUUGAAUUUUCUAUUACAAAUUUAUUGACUUUUCAUGUAUAAAUAUAAGAUUCACUGAAAUGUUAAAAAGAUCUAUUUCAUAAAAAAUCUUUUUAUUAUAAUAAACUGUGAUAAAUAUUUUGUAUGUUAAAAAUUAAAAAAAUAUCCCCUUUUUACAAACUAGCCCCUUUGAGGCACUUGAAGAAGUUGACUUAUCAUCUCUAAAAUUAACAAAAUGUAUCGAAGUUAAAAAAUAAGGAUUGCCCUAAUAUAUACAGACUAUCCAUAAAAAUUACUCCUUAAAUAUCUCUGGAGAUAAUAAAGAUAAUUGAAAUCUAUUUUUUUUUUUAUAUUAUUCAUAGGGAUAAGGACUAC